CAAAACGUUUGCCGCCAAAUUAGUUUAUAACUGUUUUGAUUUUUGAUAGUUUUAUUUAUUGAAUUUACGUGUUGUUACUGAAAUAUAGCAGAUAUGGAAGAUUCUCCUCUGGAAGGAAGGAGUAGCAAGAGAAGUAAGACAUUCAAAGCUAAGGCUUCGGAAAAGUUCAAGCAGUUCAAGAGAGGCGUGAAAAAUAAGUAUGAGGUGGGCGAAGUGGAAAAUGUGUACGAAGUCGUCGAGGAAAAGCAGUAUAUUAAAGAAGUUAUGUCGAGAUGUGAUGAUGAUUGGAUUGUUGGUGAUUCCAGUGGGUAUAUCGAAGACGGUAGAGAUAUAUUUGAUGAUGACUUAGACGUGGAAUCCAUAGCUCAAGCUUCGACUAAAGGCAAAGGUGUUAAAAGAAAACACAAGAACGUUUCGGAAAAUGCUGGUAAGGGAAAAUUGCAGCAAAUGUUCUCAACCAUGCCAACUAAACAGAAAACGGCAGCUAAAGUCGAUGAUGACGAAAUGCUAUCGGAAAUCUUGGACGAAAUCGGUACUGGCACAGCAAAUAAGCCUACUGUCGAGAAACCUAAAAUAGACCAGUACUCUACACUAGCGAUUAACAUAUCAGCUAAGAAUUACAUGAAAAAUUUAUCGCAACCCGUUAAAAAACGAGCUGUUGAGAAAAAGGUACAGAAAAUACAACCCAGUGUACCCAAACGAUUUGAAAAUUUAAAAGAAAAACUACCCGAACCAGUUAAAAUUCAAGCUAAAGAAAAUGAAAAGAUUGAUCCUGAUAAAGUUAUCGAAAAAGAAACAAUGGAUCUUGAUAAAAACACCGAAGAAGAAAAGCUAGAUCUUGAUACAUCACACUUUGAUGAUGGUUUAGAUGAAACAUUACUUGAAGAAUUCAACGAAGAUCUAAAUAACACCGCCAGUGAAUCCCAAAUAACAGAAUCGGAAAUGAUCGGAGACGAUUUCGCAGGCGAUUUCGAUACAACACAAAUAGACGAAAUCGAAGAACAAAUUAACCUUGCUAGCGAACAACUAAUCAACGAUAUUCAAGCGGAAGUCGAGACUGAAUGGCAAUAUUUCAACAACGCCAACGAAAGCUUCAAAAUAGCGACGGGUUCCGAAGACGCUGAAUCUUCUUCAGCAAUUCCGGCUGAUACUCCGUUUGUGAAAGUCGACGGGAAAAAUGUGUUUAGGUUCUUCUGGUGGGACGCCUACGUGGAUCCGCAACACCAACAAGGAACCGUCUUCCUCUUCGGCAAAACCUACUGCGAAACCUCCAAGAAAUACGAAAGUUGCUGCGUAGCCGUAAAGAACAUAGAAAGAACGCUAUUUGUUUUACCCAGGCCUUUUGAACUAGAUGAGAACGGUAAACCCACCGAUAAACCGGUUACAUUUAAAACAGUCCACGAUGAAUUCAACAAUCGUAUAUUAAAGCGAACAGGCAUUACAUCUUUCAAAUCGAGAUUGAUCACGAAAAAAUACGCCUUCGACGCGAACAUACCGGCCGAAUCGGAAUAUUUAGAAGUCAGAUACCCCGCGUCAUUUCCGCGGAUCCUUUGCAACGAAGACCGCCAACACGACGACGACGAAUCCACCGACAACGACGAUCUCGGCUACGGCACUUUCUCGAAGAUAUUCGGCAUCAAAACGAACUUCUUGGAGUCCCUUUUCCUCGAACGCAAGAUCAAAGGGCCCUGUUGGAUCGACGUGUCCGAUCCCGAAGCGGCCGCCAAUCCGAUGAGUUUCUGCAAGUUCGAAGUGAACUGCCUGAAGCCCAACAACCUGAAAAUCACCCCGUUCGAGAAACCAGUUCCUCCGCCACCCCUCGUAGUCGCCACCAUAAACAUGAGGAACUGCAUCAAUCGAGCAUCUUCCAACCACGAAAUCGUCAUGUUAUCUUGCUUGGUGCAAAAUCGGUACGCUGUAAACAAACCGCCUCCGGAACCCGCUUUUCAACACCACUUUUGCGUAUUUAGCUGCCCGGGAGGACAAGUCUUGCCCCUCAACUUGUACGAUACUCUACAAAACUACAAGAUAACGAAAGUGCUGAAGACCGACAACGAAAAGGCCAUGCUGAAUUGCUUCAUCAACAACAUCGUGCAAAUCGACCCCGAUCUAAUAGUAGGCCACAACCUGCAAGGAUACCAAACCGCCAUCUUGGCAGACAGGUUGCUGAAAUUGAACUGCCGCGCUUUCAACAGGCUGGGCAGGCUGAAGAAAAGGGCAACGCAAGCCAAGCAAUUGGAGAGAACAUUGUUCUUGGGUCGGUUGGUUUGCGACGUAAAAAUAUCGGCGAAAGAGCUGAUAAAAUCCAGAUCGUACGAUUUGGACACGCUCUGUCAGGUCGUGUUGAAGUUGAAGGAGAACCAGCGGGUCGAUCUGGAGCCCGAGGAUGUGUUCAAGAUGUUCAAAACGUCGCAGGAUUUGAUCAAGUUGAUAUCGUUCACCAUGCAAGAUUCGGGCUAUAUUAUGAAAAUGAUGUACAAUCUGAACAUCGUACCGCUGGCUUUGCAAAUUACGAAUAUAGCGGGUAACGUGAUGUCCAGGACUUUGAUGGGAGGAAGAUCGGAGAGGAACGAGUUCCUGCUGUUGCACGCUUUCCACGAGAAAGGGUAUAUUCUACCGGAUAAAGUUUAUAGGAGUAAUGAAAACGAAUCGAAAGGGAGUUCUAAGAAGAAACCUACUUACUCCGGAGGUUUGGUAUUGGAGCCGAAAGUAGGCUUCUACGACAAGCUGAUACUCCUGAUGGAUUUCAAUUCUUUAUACCCCAGCAUAAUCCAAGAAUACAACAUUUGCUUCACCACGCUCCCCGUAAUGGACUCCGACGAAAAUUUAGUACUGCCCGACAGUAAUCUACCGCCCGGUAUACUCCCCACGGAAAUUCGAAAACUGGUCGAGAGCCGUCGCCAGGUGAAAUCCCUAAUGAAAAAACCGGACAUCUCCAAAGAACUGAAAUUGCAAUACGACAUCCGCCAGAUGGCGUUGAAAUUAACCGCCAACUCGAUGUACGGUUGCUUGGGCUUCGGACAUUCCAGAUUCUACGCGAGAAAUCUAGCCGCCUUGAUCACCCAAAAGGGCCGAGAGAUCCUCGUCAAUACCAAAGAUUUGAUCGAAAAGAUGUGCCUGGACGUCGUCUACGGCGAUACUGAUAGUCUUAUGAUCAACACUAACGUUUUAGAUUACGAUCAAGUAUUUAAAGUAGGAGUUAAAAUCAAACAAGAAGUGAACAAAUUGUACAAGCAAGUCGAGCUCGACAUCGACGGCGUCUUCAAGUACCUGUUGCUGUUGAAAAAGAAGAAAUACGCCGCGGUUACGCUCACCAAAAGUUUAUCCGGCGAAUUGGUAGCCACCAAAGAGUACAAGGGAUUGGACAUAGUGCGCAGGGACUGGUCGCAAUUGUCCUCGGAAACCGGCAAAUUGGUCCUCGAACACCUCCUCAGCGACCAGUCUUCAGACGAAAAAAUCAAAAACAUCUACGAUCACUUGGCUACCAUCAAAUCGGAUCUGAUCGAAGGGAAGAUACCGAUACCUUUGUUGGUGAUCACGAAGCAGCUGAACAAGGCGCCUCACAUGUACACCGACAAGAACUCCAUGCCACACGUCCAGGUGGCGCUGCGCUACAACCAGAAGAGCCGCGAUCACUUCAGAAUGGGCGAUACAGUACCAUAUGUAAUCUGCACCGAUAACACCGGCAACGGCCCCAUGCAACGGGCCUAUCACUUGGACGAAUUGAAGGGCAAUCCGGACCUGAAAAUCGACUACGACUAUUACCUCGAGCAGCAGAUUCAUCCGGUGAUUGCGAGGAUUUGCGAACCUAUCGAGGGUUUGGAUGCUUACCAGUUGGCGGAAUGUUUGGGGGCGAAUUUGAAGCGAGUGAAGAGGCCUAAGCCUCAAGGGGGUAACGAGAACAUUCAAGGAGAGAACGUCGUUAAAGCCGAAGUGAAAUUCAAGAACGCUGAGAAAUUUACGUUUGUUUGUUACAUUUGUAAACACCAGAAUGUCGUCGGCGAGCCAUUGAUGAACAACAUCCCUUUCCUGGAGACUUGUCAAAACCCCGAAUGCCAAUCGAAGCCGAUCGAUUACCUACCGAGCGUUCAAAAUCAACUCUACCGGUCGAUCCGUUCGCACAUAACUAAAUACUACAAGAAAGUGUUGACGUGCGAAGACCCGAGUUGCCCGAACGCUCCCAGACGACUGCCGUUGAAGUUCCUGAAGAAACGUCCCGUGUGCAACAUGUGCUGCAACGCUGUAAUGUACAAGGUCUACACUGAAUUCCACUUGUACAACCAGCUGGCCUACUAUCGGUACAUGUUCGAUUUAAGCAAACUCAAACAUAAGCCUCUGAUGGAUGGUGAGACCGAGUCGGGUUAUCGGACGCUUCAAGAUACUGUGGAUAAGUUCAUGAAUCAAUCGGAGUACUCGCUUAUUAAUCUGAGUGAGGUGUUCGGCCAGCUCGGUUGGUUCGGGGCGAGUGAAAAGGUUACUGUAGAACAGCCGAGUAAUGGUGUAGAUUUUAACGAAGAAGGCGUCGAGGACGCCUAUGAUGAAUGAAAGGGAAAUAUUUGUGUAAUUCACCUGUUGGAACUUUGUUUUAGUUGUUAAUAUCAAGUCGCUGUCGA